CAUUAUGUAUUGUUAUAUAGACCGUCUCCACUGUAUACAAGUAGGAUCAAAGGAUAUUUAAUGAUUUACUUACCUGUUUUAAAAAUAUAGAGGAGCUAUAGGUACAGAAGCUACAGCUGGCAUGAUGAACACUAGUUCCAAGAGUCAAUUCUCAAUCUGCAUGCUUAGUCUUUGUAAAACGCUUUUAAAAAUCAGUCAAAUGUUUUAUAUAAAGACAAAGCAAAACAAAAACUGAACCAACCCAAUAUUUUAAAUAAUUAAAUAACAAGCACAUUCGAAUAACACGAUUAUUUAAACUCAUAUCAAGUAAAGACAUUGAAAAACAUUAAAAUCUUGAUAACAUGUGUCAACAACCACAAAAGCUUAUGAAGACAUUGUCAUAAUUUUUUUACUAUCUUAUUUAGGUACGUUUUUUUUUGUUGAUUAAAACCUUCAGUUAGUAACUAUGUGCUCGAUAAAGUUAUUCAAAUACAUAUUUAAAUUUUAAAGCUUAAUUAUCAUCUUAUCUUUUCAUCCCUACAACAUAAAUCCAAGUCAACGAAACGUCAUGCUCAGCAUCCGUCAUUUUUUAUUGGACUUAUAAACGACCUCUGUAUAUAAGUCUUGCUUGGUAGACUUCAGACUCUAGUUCGUUUAACAAUCACACUGUAUAGCUGGAUAUUGAUUUUAGUCCAAAUGGCCAAGGAGGUCAGAAAUGAGAACAUUAAUCUGGAUGAAGAGAUUCUGGCGCCCUAUACCCACCUCACACAAAUUCGUGGCAAGGAGUUUAAGGAACAAUUAGUGAAAUCCUUCAACCAUUGGCUCAAGAUUCCUGAUAAUCAACUUAAAAAUGCGAUCGAUAUCAUGACAAUGGUGAAAAAUGCCACCUUACUGUUAGACGACAUCCAAGAUAGUUCGUUAACCAGACGAGGUCUGCCAGCAGCUCAUUGCGUAUAUGGCGUUCCUUUAACUCUGAAUGCCGGCGCUCAGAUGACGUUAAAGUCUAUAAUAAAAAUUUCAGAGCUGGUACCCAGCUGGGAGGGAGCAGAAAUUCUACUAAAUGUACUUUCAGAAGCCUUUAUCGGCCAGGGCUACGAAAUCUACUGGCGUGAAAAUUGUAUCUGUCCUAAUGAGGAGAUAUAUCUCAAGAUGCUUUCUUUAAAAACUGGUACUAUUAUGUUGAUUGGGGUAAAAUUGAUCCAGCUGUUCAGUGAAAAUAAGACAAAUUACGACGAUUUUGUUAUGAAAAUUGGGCUUUAUCUCCAACUAAGGGAUGACUAUUGCAAUUUGGGACAUGAGAAGGAUUUAGAAGAAAUGCCAGGAGAGGAAGACGUCAAUGCUGACAAAGAUGGGUACAACCUAGAAGAUAUAACAGAGGGCAAGUUUACCUUGCCUGCGAUAUAUGCCAUGAAGACUCCAGAAGGACCGCAAGUGUUAAGCAUAAUUCGUCAGCGCACCAGAGAUCUGGAGCUGAAGAAGUUGUGUUUGUCUCUGCUGGAGAAGUCUGGAGGUAUGCAGUAUACUAGGGAUCUUUUAAUGAAGAUCGACAAGGAAUUGCGUACUGAGCUAGCAAGCUUUGGCGGUAAUCCCAUUUUGGAAGAGGUAUUAAACAGGUUAAGGAUUCCGAAUACAAAAAAAUAAUUCUUGUACAAGUAAAUGGAAACAAUUACAAAACACGAUAUAUCAGAUCAUGGGUGUCCAAACUAGAUGGGACCCAUGGCCAAUAAAAAUGACUAAAUACUUUGGUGGGCCGCAAAAUAUCUAUAAAAAUAAAAUAUUGGUAAUAAUGA